GUAAGGGAGCCCUCAUAUUUUAGAGUUGACCACAACCCUGUGCAGUGUAUUUGUAGACGAUAGCAUCUACCUACUUGGCGUUUUUAACGAAUUACCACAAGACAACUAACCAACAGACGUGUGAUUUCUAUCCGCGAGCAGUUGCCAUAGGUAACAGGUUAUGCAAUGAGCGUGAAAGGGACAGAUUGACAUUUUGCAGCUUAAACAAGCUAGCUUAGCAAGCUAGCUCGGCUAGUUAAGGCAAACAACUCUUGAGUUUCUCUCCGCUGGGAGGCGAAGAGCUCGACACAAGGGGGACUGUGAAACUCUAAACUAAGAGUCCGUGUGCCCAGUCGAUCGGAUAGUGUCACUGUUUGUGUUUCAGACUUUUCUCUGCACUGGAAAUGGCUUUGGUAACGGCGUUAAGAAGACUGGCUAGGUUACGAGAAUACUGUUGGAGGACGCCAGCAGUGACUUCGGGUGCCUGGCGGACGGGUCAGCGGAGUUUCAGCACCGGCACGCAGCCUUUGAGGUCAGAGAACAAGGUGACAGUCCACUUCAUCAACAGAGACGGGGAGAAGAUUUCAGUGAAGGGGUCACCUGGAGACUCAUUGCUAGAUGUUGUCAUUAACGAAGACCUCGACUUUGAUGGCUUUGGAGCGUGUGAGGGCACAUUGGCCUGCUCCACAUGCCAUCUGAUCUUUGAUGAGGAAGUCUACAAGAAGCUGGGUCCGGUUACAGACGAGGAAAUGGACAUGCUAGACUUAGCCUACGGCCUGACUGACACAUCUCGUCUGGGCUGCCAGAUCUGUCUGUCAAAGACUCUGGAGGGAAUGGUGGCCAGGGUCCCGGAGAGCGUAGCCGACAUCCGACAGAGCAAAGACGAAUCUGCUUAGCUGGAAACCUGCUGCUGUGGAACGUAGUUGUAGACAGUGUGGUUGUGCCUGGUCAGAGCUGAGGGUACGACGGUAGGUGUAAAUCUGUCGGUACUGCUGUAUCCGCUUGGCUGCCACAGCACUGUUUCUCCUUUUUAGAAAAGAAAAGACAAAAACCCUCCCACAUUCAGAUUAGAGCCAGCUCUCAAAAACCAGGAAGUAAGAAUAAAGGACAUGGGCUCAAAAACAAUAAUUUUUAUAGACAUCAAACUGCUCUGUUACCGUUAGAGAACCUUGCCACUGUAAUGUGAGGAAUAACUAAAUAUUUAUAUAUAAACUCUACACUAAGACGAACCUAUGAUAUCAUAUUGUAAACUAAUUAAUCUGCCCUGAUUAAAGGUUUGUCCAUUUUAAUCACUUUCAAAAAAAAGACAAAAUUUAGACUAAUAUUUGUCACUAGGGAUGACGUGUGGUGGAGGUCCACCUUUAGUUUGUGACGGUGCCUUUCAUUAUCUAAGAAAGUCUCUUUUCCUUCCCUUGUUGCUAUGACGACGUUUACACUGUAAAUUCAGUCACAUGUGAACAGGGUGAAGGAAAAGCUCCACUGCUGACUGAGAUAUUUGUGAACCCCCCCCCCCCCCACAUAUUUUAUUUUACUACCUAUGUAUCCUCCUACUAUUGUUGGUUUGAUCGAAUCCGUCAUGUAACCGUAUAAUUUCAUCAUGUGAUUGUACAUAGCUAGAGCACACACACAUGUAUCUGUGUAAAGAGUGAAAAGUAAUGUAAUAAAAAUAAAAAUAAUCACCUUUUCUAA